CAAGGGACGUGAAUACUUAUGCAUCCCAGCCCCCUGUUAGUUCAUUUGUGGCAAUGAUAAGUUGAAGCCAGUCCCUCCUCCACCAGAGCUGGGCAGGAAGUGGGAUUGUCUACAAUCAGUUUGGCUGAAUUACGGCUUCACCAAUGGCAAUGGGGUCACUGGGGCUGAAGCAGUUUCUACAAAUCAAGCUCUCCAGCCUCUUCACAGACACACUCUGCUUUGUGGAAACAAGACUUUUAAUCCUGGACAUGCCACGUGUUGCCAAGUGAAGAAAGGAAACCAUGUAACAGGUCAUCUCACAGAGGGCAUAAGCCACACCGUGUCAGAGUGCUGUGGAGAGCGUGCCUUCGACCCACUCAACCACAUAUGCUGUGAGUCCAAAGUCUUGCUGAAACCUGCAGCGCAUGCCAGAUGCUGCGGUAAAGAAGCCUAUGAUGCUGACAUGAAAUUGUGUUGUGGUCUUAUGGGCAAAGACAUCAUCCUGCCAAAGAAGACCAAAGAAGACAAGUGUUGUGGCGACGUCACAUACAACCCCAUCAAGGAGUGCUGCUGCGACUCUCUUCUUGUGGAGGAUCGUAAUUGCUCUAAAUGUUGUGAGGAGGAUAGAGUCAGACCACCUCCUAACAUGACAGAACCUGGCUACAACACAACCAGUCACAUAUGCUGUGGCUCAACUCUGUCACUGAAGCUCGGGCCAAACACCAAGUGCUGCGGUCAAGAAGCCUAUGAUGCUGACAAGAAAUUGUGUUGUGGUGUUAAGGGCAAAGACAUCAUCCUGCCAAAGAAGACCAAAGAAAAGUGUUGUGGCAACGUCACAUACAACCCCAUCAAGGAGUGCUGCUGCUUUCGAGACUCUCUUCAUGUGGAGACUCGUAACUGCUCUAAAUGUUGUGAGGAGGAUCCAGUCAGACCACCUCCUGACAUGAUAGAACCUGGCUACAACACAACCAGUCACAUAUGCUGUGACUCAACUCUGUCACUGAAGCUCUGGCCAAACGCCAAGUGCUGCGGUCAAGAAGCCUAUGAUGCUGACAUGAAAUUGUGUUGUGGUCUUAUGGGCAAAGAAAGGAUCCUGACAAAGAAGACCAAAGAAGACAAGUGUUGUGGCAACGUCACAUACAACCCCAGUAUACAGUGCUGCUGCUUUCGAGACUCUCUUCAUGUGGAGACUCGUGGCUGCACUAAAUGUUGUGAGGAGGAUCCAGCCGUGCCUCCCGACAUGACAGAAACUGGCUACAACACAACCAGUCACAUAUGCUGUGACUCAACUCUGUCACUGAAGCUCUGGCCAAACGCCAAGUGCUGCGGUCAAGACAAAAAGGAUGGAGAGCGGGGCUCAGUGGACGGCAAGCCUCACCACCCAGCCAACCCUCACUCCGAGAUUUGCUGCAGUGGAUAUAGCUAUCCAAGAGCGGAAAACACCCAGUGCUAUGGUGUUCAGGCCUACAACAUUAGUAAUCCACAGAUGAGAUGCUGCGCAGGAAUGCUGUACAACCUCUCAACCGUGGGCAGCACUGGAGGGGAGCUGCAGUGCUGUGGAUCCAUCCUGAUGUCUAAAACAUCGGGAAAUGCACAGGGCCUUCCAAAAGUGUGUUGCAUGAGUCAAGAUCUGGAGCUGCUCUACACGGAACAGCCAGGCUUCAGCUGCUGUGGUCACCACUACUACAACACAUCUCUCUGGUCCUGCUGUGCUGGCAGAUUGAGCCCGACCAACAAGUCCAGAGGGCGUGCGAGCGGUGCCAGUAAAGUACCCAGGCUUAUAUCAGUGGACAACCUCAAUAAAACAACACUUUGUACCAAAUUGCGACUCGGGACAGUGGAGAGUGUGUCCAUUGAGAACAACAUGGCCACCGUUGUAUUCAGCAGUGUGUUUGAAAUUUAUGUAACGAACGGCACGAUGACAGUGCUGCCCUCCCACCAUGUGCUGAAUGUGACUGACCACUGCGGCGCCCUGCCACUGAUUUGUGGCAACACCUACCUGUGGGAUGAAGUGAACCUCCAUUUCCUCACCCGUUGCAACUUUCACUCUCCUUUUCAGUUACUUCAUUUCAUUCUUUCCAGGUGCCAUCUCUCUUAGAUAACUAUUUCCUAAUAUAUUACUGUAUACAUCACAACAUAUUUAUCAGCAAAAUAUGGAUUAAUUCACCUCAACAGAACGCUAAAGUAAAUUAAAGAAAAGCUAUCCUACGUAUAUUAAGCUACUGGCUGCACUGUCUUUCCAAAGCCACUAGGCAGUCUCUUGUAUUUUUGGAAGCUAAGUAAGAGUACCCCAUUAUUAUAACUGGGAGGCUUUAUACUGUACUUCCACUGUACUGUGCAAUCUCUAAAGUUGGUCAUUUUACUUUGACUUGGGUAUAUUUAUUGAGGUGCUAUACUUAGCUAUGUUUUAAAUCACAUAAUGGAGUGUCAAUUUUGCAGGUCGUCCAUAAAGCAUCCAAAACUGGACUAAACUGGAUUUACUAAAGUAAAUUUCUGACAUUUUAUGGUGCCGCUCACAGUGAACAAUCAGCCAGGAGUGUAAUUUGGUUGUACGUUGUUUGUAUAUUAAAAUGUAAGUCAGUAUCUUUAACUGUGACAGAUACUUUUUGUAGAUUUUUACAUUUGUACCCAGCAAACUAAAAUGACUCAGUUACUGUACUCUCUCCACCACUAGUACCUUUGCUUGUAGCAUCACAAAAGUGUAUUUUACAUUGAGCUGAAAAUACAGAAUGCAUUUUCCAUAAGCUAACCAGCUAAAUAAUUCUAUUUUUCUGAAUAUAUUGUGCUUUUCUUUCAUGGGAAUACAGUUUUUGUGUUGUAUUACGGUUUCGAAUCGUUUGCACAUAUGAUUUUGCCUGUGCAGUUGUAUGUUCACAUGUGAAAGACAUGAUUUUACAUAAAGCUAGGAAUGGAAAAGCACAUUAUAAUAUAUUGUGAAUUCAAAUGUGUUUAACUUGUAACACAGGAUGAUGGUCUUUUGUUCAAAAUGUGCCUGACAUGGAUAUAUUCAUAAAUAAAUGAAUUUAAUUUGA